AUGCGGAUGAGUCCUCUUUUCGCGUGCUUCGGUCAGCCUUUGCAUGUGUUUUUGUUGGCAUGUUUCAUGCCUAAAUGGUUUCAGACUCUCCCUGGAACUCUCUGCUACGAUCGUAGGUGUUUAGAUAUGGCGUUCAUCGAGCAUGGCCUUCUCCUGAAGAGAGGUCUCUCCUCGUGA